AAUAAAUUGAAUAAGAGGAAGGAAAAUAAAAAAACUGAGUGAGCAUGGAUUCAUCGGAACAUGGCUCUACCUCACCAAAGCAGAGGCUAACUCUUAGCGUCCUUGUUUCCUUCAUGGCUCUAUGCGCCAAGCACGCCGGCCGAGUUUCUAAAAAGCUCAAGCCCAAGCCUAAAGAAAACGGCUUAGCUUCCGACUCUCCGAGAUUCUCCAUGCCGAAAACACCUCUAAGAUCGCCGAGGCCGAAGCAGCUUCUGACAACGAUUAGCAACAAAGCGAUCACGCUGGUACACCGGAAAAAGCUCGGGGAGGAAAACGGGAAAGGCACCCGGCAUGCACCGAAGGAGGAGGAGGAGGAGUUCGGGGAUGGCGGGGUGUGGCAAAAGGCGAUUUUGAUGGGGGAUAAAUGUCAGCCGUUGGAUUUCUCCGGUGUGAUUUAUUACGACAGUAAGGGGAAUCAGCUGGACGAGUUGCCUAUUCGCUCGCCGCGUGCCAGUCCCUUGCCUGGCUACCUCGCUCAAAGAGGGCUCUGAUUCGGUCACCGGCGAAGGUUGUUCAAAACCAGAAAUGUUUUGUUUUGACAAACUCUUUUCUUACUGUAAGUUGCUACGUGUGCCGUUUCUAUUGGUGUGUUUUUGUAGUCAGGUUGAGGCGUCUGGGUGAUGAAAUCAUUUUCCUAAGAAAAUAGCCUCCGUCCCGGCGCCCCCCAUAAAAGAGAAAAGCUUUUACUCUUUAAAUUAGCGAGUUAAAACUUUUUUUUCCUCUUUGCAAGUAUAUGUACAAAGUUUUAGAAAAAAUUGGAUUGUACAAAUUAAAAAUUAAUUACCUAAAGUGAAUAUUUGUUCUUGAUCAA